CCAAAAAUCUUUUUGCUAGUCGGCGAUUUCUGCGCGCGCAUGUUCACAUCAAAUUCUGUGAAUAUUUCGAAAGUAAAUUAAGUAAAUUAGUGAUAAAAUAAUACAAUGGCUUCGACCGCGAAGCAAGAGGUUAACGGCGAAUCACGGCCUUGUUUUGGCGGAGCGUGUAAAAAAUCAAAAAUGGAAAAUAAAGUGACUGUAGUACUUGGUGCUCAAUGGGGAGACGAGGGCAAAGGAAAAGUGGUGGAUCUGCUUGCUGUGGACUCGGACAUCGUGUGCCGCUGCCAGGGCGGCAACAAUGCAGGCCACACAGUAGUCGUGGAAGGCAAGAUGUUCGAUUUCCACCUCCUGCCGAGCGGCAUCAUCAAUCCAAAAUGUACCUCAGUUAUUGGAAACGGCGUGGUUGUACACAUACCAGGUCUCUUCGAGGAAUUAAAAAAGAACGAGUCGAAAGGCAUGCGGGCCUGGGAAGGGCGGUUGUUUGUGUCCGACCGGGCGCAUCUAGUACUGGACCUACACCAACAGGUUGAUGGUCUGCAAGAAGCGGAAAAGGGCAAGAACUCACUCGGCACGACAAAGAAGGGCAUCGGGCCGACGUACUCGUCGAAGGCGUCGAGAAACGGCUUGCGGAUCGGAGACCUGAUGGGAGACUUCGCGCUUUUCGAGGAAAAAUUCCGCACGAUAGCUGCAUCAUACAAGCGGAUGUUCCCAGCCCUGGAGGUGGACAUCGACGGGCAGCUGGCGCAGUACCGCGAGUACGCGGCCAGAGUGCGGCCUCUAGUGCGCGACACCGUGGCCUACCUGCACCGCGCGCUGCGCGAGGGGCAGAAGGUGCUCGUCGAGGGCGCCAACGCCGCCAUGUUGGAUAUCGACUUCGGUACAUACCCGUACGUAACUUCCUCAAACUGCAGCAUCGGCGGCGUAUGCACAGGCCUUGGCCUUCCUCCGAGCGUCAUCGGCAACGUGCUGGGCGUAGUCAAGGCCUACACCACCCGAGUUGGUGAUGGGCCGUUCCCUACCGAGUUACAUGAUGAUGUGGGGCGGUUGCUGCAAGAGCGCGGGCACGAGGUGGGCGUGACCACGAAGCGCGUGCGCCGCUGCGGCUGGCUCGACCUCGUCGUGGUGCAGUACACCGCCAUGGUCAACGGGUACACCGCGUUGUGUCUGACUAAGUUGGAUAUCCUGGAUACGCUUGAAGAGAUCAAAAUCGGCGUGGCGUACAAGCUCAACGGCAAGAAGAUUGACUACUUCCCGUCCUCGAUGACAGAUCUGAGCAAUGUUGAGGUGGAGUACAUAACACUGCCGGGCUGGGCGUGCAGUAUUGAAGCGGUGCGAGAGUUCAAAGAUCUGCCCGAGAAGGCGCGCGCUUAUGUGAGCACUAUCGCAGAAUUCCUUCAGAUACCAGUACAAUACAUUGGCGUGGGCCAGGGCCGGGAAAGCAUCAUCCGGAUAGAUUAACGUUGGUGUCAAACAUUCGUUAGUACUUAGUGUCGUUUACAUUCAAAUUAAUAUACACAGGAGGUUUCCACGACGUCUAUAGAGUUUUAAAAUGUGUCAUUUGUUUUUGAAAGACAUUAGAAUAGCUUCUUCAGAGCAGGAACAGAAGAUUUUAUUAUUUAAGAUGGUCAAGAGAAACACUUAUGUUUUGGCUCUAAAACUAGAUGUUCCUAAAAUGAUAUUCAUAAGAUUUCUUUUAAAUCUAUAGACGUUUUUGAAACGAAGGGGUAAAGAAUAAGAGCUAUUGUAGAAUUUCAAUACAUAGUGUACUAACAGCAACAGUCUUAUUUGACCAUUUUCGAAUUGUCAGUUAUAUUAUAAUUGUGUGGACGAUGGUAAUACCAGUUUAUUAUCCUAAUUGACUUUCAGAUAGUUAUCUAUAACUAUAGCUGUGUUUUACGUUAAUGUGUAGACUUCCUGAGCAUGUCUUUAUAGGAAAUGAUAGAGGCGAAUGAAAUAGAACGGGUUUAUGAAUUUAUCCGUAACGUCCGUAUCCGUAAAGUCUUUUUACGGACCGAAAAACUCGAGAACGAAUUCUAUUUGCAAGUCAAUUUGGGUAAAGUACAAUACCCGGGUAGCCCUUAUGCAGAAAGUGAAACUUAUGGAGGGUGCCGACUUCGUCAGUUGAGUUGGAAUCAGUAUUGUUAUUGGUGUUUCACCAUUGAGACAUACGGUUUACUUGACUGCAAAAUUCCGAAAAUAUUUCUACGCGGUCGGAAUCGAGGCUUCCGAUAAAUAUAAAUGUGACCUAACCUAACUAACGAAGUUUCCGACAAUGUAGUUAGGUGGUUUCCAUCAUAUUGUUGCGCCCCGACCAAGGUCAGGGUGACAUUGGACCCUCAGAAGCUUGGUUAGUCUAUAGUACGGUCUUAAAUGGAUAUUUGCAGCAAUCGACCUAUGAUGACGAAAUAAAAUGUUUGAUUGAUUAAAUCGAGGGUAUAUCCGUGAACCAGUAAUAUUAGGUCGUGUUUUUCGGAGUUCUGUAGUCAUGUUGUUACCGUUAAUCGAUAUGCAGCGAAAUAUUGUUUUAUACUUCCUGUUGUGUGUUGCAGUGUUUGAAUAUUUUAAUCUAGGAGGAUAUAACGAAAGGAGUAGCCAUUAACAGGCGUUCCCCCCUGUCGAAACUAGUCGGCCAAUGGUUAUACACAAUGUAUGGACUGACGUUUAUUUGACAUGGCUAUUUUGACGUUCCCCUUCCCCGCAAAAGUUGGCAGACUUUUUUGUACAGCAAAUUACCGACGUGGCGUCUCCGUUUGGUUAUAUCAUAGAGUAACUUAUACUAGAGCGGUACUGUCAUAGUAAAUUUUGUAACCACAGUAAAUUCACUGCCAUCUGUCGACACACUUUAAAACUAAAAAUGAAGAUUUAUAAAAAUACGAUAAAAUGGAUUUAAAUAUGGAUAAUUUUUUUUUUUUAUUUGCAUUAAUUAUUUUUAUGAUUUUGACCCAUGUUCUUUCACUGAUAUGCGUUUAAAUUGUUAAAUAACAAACGAAACCGUCAACGCCAUCUAUACGACAGUAGGCCAAAGCUAGUAGCGCCCUCUGAACGAGAAUCAAAUUUUCUUGAUUUUCGAGUCACGUUUUUUCCUUAGACUGUAUCCAUCUAUUACGGAGUUAUAUCUAUCUUUGGUUAUAUCCUCAUAGACUUUAAUAGAUGUGUCCAGACAGUUGUACGGUGAUGUACAUAAAACAGUGAGUCGCAUUGUAACAUGCAGCAUUGAUGCUCUUAUACGGUGCUUAGUACAAAUACAUAUGUCACGCGGAUAAUAAUUUACCAAGCAAAAAGUGUUCAAUUGCCGUAGAUUAAAAGACUAAAAGAUAAUUUGUCUAUUAAGUUGAUUGAACAUUUUUACCUCCCCGCGUCCAGACCGCGAUUAUAAAAAGGUUCGUACUUACACAUAUUCCUCUAGGAGCAAUAAUUAAAUAGGGAUUAGAUUUGUAAUUAAAAAUUACAUCCUUCAUAAGUUAACUCAAUUCAAGAACACCAAUAUUAGGCAAAUAUUCAUAGUAUUAUAAGAUACCAAGGCUUAUUUUCUAGAUAAAAUGUAAUCUAAACAUAUUGUAAUUUUUACUAGCAAUACGCUAUGAAUAAUAUUUAUGUCGAGAUCAGAUAAAAAUCUAGUGAGAAAAAGCUUAAAACACUAAAUAAAAUAGUGAACAUAAGCGCGCAGAAGCUAAAAAAUGCAAGUAAAUCCUUCAGUUCUUACUGUUCCUAAAACACAAGAAAAAAUUGUUUGCCAAAGGCAAUUCUUUAAACAUCGCAGUUGUGAUCCAAGAGUAGAUGAUAUUAUAGCCACCUAAUCUUAGUAAAGUACUUAAUUUUUGUUAUCGAUAAUAUGUGAGACGAGUCAAUUUAAAAUACCACUUACCUGUUGCCACUCGGAAGUUUAUGUCUAAUUAUUGAAGAAGCACAAAUGGAAUUUCCUGUUAAAUUCAAGGAGUUUGAUAAAAUGUUGAUUAGAGCUCUUACACACUAGCGUUUCUGCGUCGCGUUUUCUCGGCGUUUCCAUACAAAAUUACACGGCGCGGAGUCGCCGCGUUCACGAGGCGUGCCGAUUAGUAUGGAACCGACGUGAAAACGCGGCGCAGCAACCCUAGUGUGUAAGAGCCCUUAAUAUUGUUUUUUGACUACUUUUACCAUUAUUUAAGACAAUGAUGUUUUGCAUGCCGCUGCCAAAGGGGUGACAUGUUUUUGCUAACAAUAGUUUUAUUAUUCGACUAUAGGAAAUUUAAGCCACUAGCCUUAAUUGAAUCUAUUAAACGUGGUAUGUAUGUA